AGCUGUUUGCUGAUAAAUCAACAACGUGAGAAUGACAAAACAAAGUACAAACCGGCCGGUGAAUCUUAAAUUCCUAUUGAUUGGGAUUUAAAUUUCGAAUACCAAUGAACAUGCAAAUUAUAAAGUGCAAGUAACAUAGAGUUAUAAAAUCUUACACACCUGCUAAGAAAGAAAUUUGGUAACUAUAAGUAAUAUGGAAAAAGUAAAAGAAAAAUCAAAUACAGGGAAAAAAAUAUCAAUCAUUUUGAUAUUAUGUUCAGUUGCUCUAUCAUACUAUGUCUAUAAUGUCCUACAUACUGCUCCUGAGAUGCCCAAGAUAGACAUGGAUGCUUAUUGGGGACAUUAUCCUUUAGACAGUAAACCUGACCUAUCUAUAAAACCCUUUUAUGUGGAGUUUUCAGUUGAGAUGAUCAGAGAGCUUCGAAACCUUCUGCUUCACCGACGUCAGUUUGUGCCACCGAUAGAAGAUGCCGGUUUCAACUAUGGAUUUAAUUCUAAUUUUCUCACUCAAGUACUUGAUUAUUGGCAAAACAAGUACAACUUUGCUGAGCGGGAGAAGUUUCUUAAUAAAUAUAAUCAUUAUAAAACCAAAAUACAGGGUUUGGACAUACAUUUUGUCCAUGUUAAGCCUGAGGUCACUGGUGAUGUAGAUGUAGUACCCCUGCUUCUUCUUCACGGGUGGCCAGGAUCUUUCAGAGAGUUCUAUGAGCUGAUUGAAGAGCUAUCCCCUAAACCGGAUCAGUCUUUCGCCCUAGAACUUAUUAUACCGAGCCUGCCUGGAUAUGGUUAUUCACAGGCUGCUGUUCGUUCUGGUAUGGGCCCGCUUGAAAUAGGGGUGGUAAUGCACAAACUAAUGAACCGUCUGGGUCACAGCAAGUACUACAUUCAGGGUGGUGAUAUUGGACACAUAGUUGGGUCUGCAAUGGCAACAGUAUUUCCUGAAAAUGUUCUGGGCUUCCACUCCAAUAUGCCUGUAUUGAGUUUCACACCAUUGACACUAUUUUAUACUAUUCUGGGGAAUUUCGUUCCCAGUUUAUUGGUGGAGAAUGAAAUAUAUGACCGUGUGUAUCCUUUAGGCAAAUAUUUCUCAUUUUUAAUGGAAGAGUCAGGAUACUACCACCUGCAAUCCACUAAACCUGACACCGUUGGCAUCGCACUGACGGAUUCCCCGGCCGGGCUUGCGGCGUAUAUCCUGGAGAAGUUUUCAACAUGGACGAAUCCAAACAACAGGAAUGCCACCGACGGAAACCUGCUCUCCAAGUACAUGCUGGUGCAUCUCUUAGAUAACAUCAUGGUUUACUGGAGCAGUAACUGUAUCACCACAUCCAUGAGACUGUACAAGGAGCACGUUAAUAGUAAAUACGGAGCCAUUGUUAGUAGAAUACCAACCAAAGUGCCAACGUGUGGCAUUAAAUUUAAAUACGAAUUAAUGACUGAACCGGACGGAAUUUUGAAGUUGAAGUAUCACAACUAUCUGCACACGACGGUUGUAGACGGCGGCGGCCAUUUUGCCGCGCUCGAAUCACCGGCGGUAUUAGCGAAAGACAUUCUGCAAGCUAUCACUACUUUCAGAGAGUUUUGGGGGGAAAAAAAACCUCAACACGCAUCCCAAGGUAAUCCAUUAACCGCGAAUACAGUCUAUGAAUUUUCAGUUACUGACUUGUAUGGUAGAAAUGUUAAAUUAGAAAAAUAUAGAGGCAAUGUCCUUUUGAUUGUCAAUGUUGCCUCCCAGUGCGGCCUGACACUGAAGAACUAUAAACAACUAAAGGAACUGCAUGAAAAGUAUGCAGACAGAAACUUUAAAAUAUUAGCAUUUCCUUGCAACCAAUUCAACGGUCAAGAACCUGGCACUUCAAGUGAUAUCAUCCAGUUUAUCAAUGAAAAGGAAGUCAAAUUUGAUGUCUUCCAGAAGAUCGAGGUGAAUGGAGAGAAUGCACAUCCACUGUGGAAGUACUUAAAGCAGGUUCAAAGUGGGACAUUCGGAGAUUUUGUUAAAUGGAACUUCUCCAAGUUCAUUGUUGAUAAGAAUGGUGUGCCUGUAGAAAGAUUUGGUCCUAAUGUUGAUCCAAUAGAUUUGGAACCAGAAAUAACUAAAUAUCUGUGAACUAGAGUUUAUUUUUCCAAACUAUUGUUAAAAUUUAUGCUUUCUCAAUAUUUUAUUGCAUAUCUAAAAUUUUAUCACAAUUGUGGUAAGAGAUUCUUCUUAUUCUUAUUAUUAGAUUUCUUCUUAUUCUUAUUCUUAGAUUCCGUAGCUUGAUUUAAAGAGAUUUGUAGUCUCUUUUCAAUACUGAACUACUUUUUCAUUUUCGCGCCCGCUUAUGAAUUAGAGUGAAAUUGCAUAGUAUUUAUUUACUUUUUCGGAAACCCAAUAAUCCCACACUAAAACAUAAACUGCUUACAAAAAUUAAAAAAUAUAUAAGUGUACAGAAUACGUACAAGGGUAAUAUAAUUAAAAAUUUUGCAUUUAUUGACGGUAAUAUAACGAAAAUAGCAAAGCCAUGUACAUCGACCCCGUACACCCCAUUCAAUACAAACUAUAGAUGAUCGCAUUUGUUAAAUAAGGACCCUUUUUUUAGUUAUGGGUCGAUUACUAUAUCGAUGUUACUUACCCGAUUUUUGUUACUCAUCAGUGGAACUAAACAUUUUUUCUAAAUUGAUGACAAUUACGACAUUUAAACGAAUUUAAAGAAAAAAGGUUGAUUUGACAAUUUCGAAUUAACGAAAUUAGGAUUACAUACAUUAUGCCUGUUUUGGGCCGUAUCUAUUUUUGGGACCUUGUUUGAAUAUUAUUUUGAUAUAUUACAUAGUGAACUGAAAAUGUAUUUAAUAUGUUGGGACAAAAGUUUAUUUACAUUUAAUUACAGUACUAUUAUGCGCAAUUUUUGAUGCCUUCUUCUAUCUUAUAAAUUUGGCAGAAUCCCAUUGUUUUUUGGGACUUCUGAUUAAAGAAACUCGACAAGUGGUUUUGGCAGUCCUCUUUUGAUGUUCAGGGCUAUAUGGCGGAGGCAUUAACCCCUCCCAGCCACACUUAAUUUUUAUUAAGUGGCUACAGAUGCGUGUGGUCCACCGUUAUCGUAAUGAAAGACCACACCCUUUAUAUUCAUGGUUUCCGGCCAGUUUCUCUCAACUUCUUGCUUUUAUCUCAUCAAUUCGAUUAGAUAGUGAGUCCCGGCGGUAAAAGCUGAAUGAACAAUUCCCUUCUAAUACCACCAUAAGCAUAAUCUUAUUACGAAUUAACCCCGAUUUUGCCACCGUCUGUGAAGCCUAACCGACGUUUGUACGUGAUCCACUUUUCAUCACCAGCUAUCGGUAUUUCCGACAGUUUGGGUUUAUUACGUCUCAAUAAAUAAUCACAAAUGAGUACACGAUUCAUUAGGGCUCUUUUAUUCAGCUAGUGUGUGUUUUUUUUCUUUUCAACCGACUCUAUUUGUAAGUAAAUUUUAAAAUUACAUUAAUUAAAUUACUUCGAUUGACUCAUUUUGUCAGAAAGAAAAACAAAAAAUGAUGUGGUGUCGUGGGACACCAGGUAGGAACGAAGUUCCUUCGGCUAAUGUAGAAUCGACAAAAAGAGGGAGAAAGAGAAAGGUAUUAUACACUACUCGCUUGUGUAUGCGACUGUCGCGCCUGCGCACGUCUCAUUUAACGGUUUUAUUCCACGGAUUUUUUCUUACGGUUUUACUAUCACAUUUUUUUCAGUUCGGUCGCGCAUCAAAAUCCUUAUCCCCUCCAAGCCUGCCGUAAGGAACUUCGUUCCAAUAAAAAAUAAUUGGAAUCAAAUUUUUUCUAAUUUCUUUUUUUUUUAAAUGUAAUCUUUUGAAGUUCACCAAAACCAGCUUUUAUUAGAAGCUUAUAGAUACUAUAUGCGAAUAGACUUUUUCCCCGACGUAUUAUUUUGGUCCCAAAGAAACAUUAAUCCAAUAUGCAAGGCGUAAGUUGGGAAUUGAUUAUAAAUUAUUAAGCAUUUGUUAUUACUUAUUAAGCAUACAAUGGUUAAUCUUUUUUAUUUUUAUAUGUUUCUUGUAUGUAGGUACAUACUUACAUUAUUUUUUACAAUAAAAUGUUUUAUCAUUUUGGUUAUUA